UGAGAGCCGAGUGCCCAACGUGCCUCCUCCCAGUGCCAGAGACGUGCCCCCUCCCAGCCGGUACCCGCGGGCUACCAUGCACCUCGUCGGCGUGCCGCUGCUACCAGCACUCUUAGUGAGUUACGGGCCGCAUGCAAGUGCGCAUUAAAUGUGUCGGUAGUGUGUCGUAUUCGUUCCACUCGCACUUUUCCACGUUUCACCAUCUAGAUUCUUCUCUCAGUAUAUUACCAAACCAUCGCUUUUCAUUCGAACGUAUUCCACCCGAUGGAGCUACGUCAGCCGGAUACUCGGCAUGCUUCUUCACGCUCCUGCACGCUGUUGUGCGAUGUAUCGUGAUAUUUCUUCGCUAUAGUGUCAGAAAACUUUCCAAGAAGAGAAAGGGAUUCGCAUAAGGCAAUACGGUCAAUUUUCUAUACAAUCUCGUAGUCUCAUAUUUUGAUGAAUAUCAUCGACGAAAAAAGGUAAAACAAGAAUCAAUUGUAAUGUAUUCCAAUGGAGGGAACUGCCGUUUCUCAUUACAUGAGGGGGAGAAGCAGAAGUAGGAGGAGAAUAGAGUAACACACGGGCAUGAGAAAGACGACGGUACGGGACGAGACACUUGAAGUGCGCGGCGCGCAGGCGGAAGUUGGACGUGCGUUGUUAUGUUUUUUGCGGAACUAGAUGUGCGACGUUGUUAUUUGCCACGGAUUUUUCGAUCUGUCGUUUUCAUUUCAGAACUAGUGCGUGGUGUUAAUGAGAUCAUGAUCUUUGUUUGAAUUGUCUUUAUCAAUCGUUCGAAUCAAAACAGAGAGAUAAUAUGAAAAGACUGAGCAGUGCAACAGACCAGCGAGACAGUGUAAUAGAAACAAUUAGGAAAUAAGAGAAGGUGACAGAAAGAAGGAAAGAAUAUUUACCAACGAACCGGUGAUUGCUAUCGUAUUACGUAGUUUUGCGUUUGUGUUGUUAAUAGCAAUGUGCAUGCGUUGACGUGUACGUGUACGAAAAAGACAAGACGGAAUAUAGAAACAUGUCGGUCUGCUGCGCGCGCAUGUGAUUGUUCUCCCGCGAAAAUGCAAUACAAGAAUGUGAAACUCGAAUUGGAUAGGAACGUACGGUACCGAGGAUCGAUUCUCCGCACCUCGAACGAAUGAUACAUGUAACGUACAUCCUUUCGACAAGCAUAAAAUAUUAGAAGAUUAACGAAUCGACAGCCUAGCGUAGAGCUGUGCUUGGAACAUCUCUUCGAAAUUAUUCUUUGUGACGAGAAGACUUCGAAUCGAGGUCACCUAUGUACCGUGAAGAGAACGAGCAAAACAGAACCGCAAACCUGGUUCCCCAGCAGUCAAAUGGUGCAAACACGUUUGAGCAUCUGGAACAUUCGCAGGACAGCAUGGAAAACGGGGACGAGGUGGUUUCCACACGGGUCCAAACGGACGCAUCGUCGUCCACCAACAGCACGCCAAGACCACGUGCACCACGAAAUUGUGCCCGAUGUCGCAAUCAUCGGCUGAAGAUCACACUAAAAUCGCACAAGAGGUACUGCAAGUAUCGUUAUUGUAACUGUGAGAAGUGCAAGAUCACAGCCGAUCGGCAACGAGUGAUGGCGCAGCAGACAAAGCUAAGAAGACAGCUGGCGCAGGACGAAGUCAAAGUCAGAGCGGCAGAAGAGAAAUUGAAGAAGACGAAAGUUUGGAGAUCAUAUGAAACAGUGGAUCCACUGCCAUUUGGUGCAGAAAACGAUCGAGUUUCGUCUAUUCCUCAGCCAGCUAUAAGUAUCGAGGGUAGCUACGAUAGCAGCAGUGGCGAUUCACCGGUCAGCAGUCACGGUAGCAACGGCAUACACACUGGUUUUGGUGGUGUCAUCAGUAUUCCUCCUUCCAGAAAAUUACCGCCGAUGCAUCCCCAUACCGCAACGAUCUCCCACUUGCCGCAGUCGCUAACCAGUGAAAGCGUGGAAAUCUUGCUGGAACAUAGUACCAAGCUCGUAGAACUCUUCCAAUAUCCUUGGGAAGCGAUAUUGUUGAUGUACAUCAAUUUAAAAUAUGCAGGAGCUAAUCCCGAGGAAGUCGUGAGGCGCAUGGUCGAUGCCAGCAACGAAAUUCGAAAUAUGCACUUCUGGAAAGCAGUCAGGAUGACACAGCCUAGUCGAUCGUUCCGUUGCACCGCAGCAUGCACUGCGCCUACGGCACCUCCGACAGGACCGCCAACUUACGAGGGCCACGUGCCUUACAUUGGGGUUGUGCCACCUCCGAAUCCUGUCCACUACAGACCGUUUUUGCGGCCUGAGAAUGCUCAUAUACCAGGCACGAGAAUACCAUCGAGCCCGGAUGGUCCUCCAGAACAUUCAACGUAGCCUCGAUCGAUAAACAACCAGUGAAGUAAAACGUUUGGAAGAACAGAUCGAACCCAAAGAGAAACGAAUAUGGCGAAGGAGAAGAGAAGAAGAAGAAGAAGAAGAAGAAGGGGAAUAAGCGUACGUAAAGGAUCUUUGAGGAGGGAAACAACGAGCGAGUGGAGUCUCUCCUCCAUCUCUUCUCAAUGGAGAAUGUUCUCCAUUUUAUUCUAAUGUGCAUUCUCUGAACAGUCGGAUUCGCCAAUCCACCGCUCGAAUGCCGAGUUCACUAUUAAGUGGAACCUUCAUACUUUUUGGGAAUAGCCUCCGGCUAUGUUGUUUGGUUCUCUCUUGUCGAUAUUUAUCCGUAGUAUAAUACGCGAGAAAUUUAGUUGUUCGAUACCACGAAUGGAUCGACACGAGAAAGUCUCGCCGACGGUAAGGCGAAAUUAGGAUUAAGAGAAUUAAAUUUUCUUACUGUUUCGGAAAAAAGGGAGGAAAUACGAGAGCCUCCGAACGAUAGAAAAGGAUGCGUAUCGUUCACGGACGAUCGAUAAAGGAAAAUAAUGCUCCAUGGUCCUUCCCCCGUUCGAACAACAGCGUUGCGAUUCGAGUGCCGUGUUCCGAAUACGAAAGAUAUUCAGUUGCAAACAAAAUCCAUAGAGCAAGAGAGCGAGAAAAAGAGAGGAAGAGGGAGAGAGAGAGAGAGGGAGAGAGAGAGAAUGGAACGCAAGAGAAUACGUUAUGUUCCGCAGGGUUCUUCCCGUUGUUGUUUUUUUCUACACUGACCGAGAGAACAAGAAAAUCAUAAAGGUUUUUGUGAGUGGAUAGUGGGAUGCCGAGGUUCAUGGACAACCUAUACCUCGGGCACCCCUCGUCCUUGCACGUCCUUCGGUUCGUUAAUCGAAUCUUGCUCGCUCCUUCUUUCUCUUGUUAUAUUUCAUUUUCUUCUCUCUUUACGUUUUCCUUUUCCUUCCCACUUUCAAUUUGUUUCUUUCAUUAAAUAGUUUCCCUUCGAGUUAUACUCUUCUCUCUUGCUCUCGGCGCAGAAUAACAGAGCGCAACAUGUUGUCAAGACAGGAAACGAGAAACGCAUGUUGGAGCAUGUUCAUAAGAUUACGAGAGACGACCAUCGCCGACCGGUUGCUAAAGCUCAGUCGCCCGUGAACGAGAUCGCUCGACAGUCUUUUCGAUGAUCAAGUGUCAUCGUGUGCUAUAAAACUCGCAUGUACGGCCGGCCGAGUUCCUCUGGCUUGGGCUACAUAUUUUGAAACUCUUCGUCGUGCUCGGUUCCGCCUCGUAGUUUCCCUCAUUUUCACAGGAAAGUGCUUUCGUUCUGUUCGCGGUGGAUGACAAGUGUCGAUGAUCACGGUUCUUGCCGGCCCUUGACACACACACGACAACGUGAUUCCAAAAAACAUACUAUCUUCUCACGUUCGCUACAAUCUUUACCUCGACAAAUUUGUAACGUGAUAUCUCCGAUUAUGUUCCUUUGAUAAUCAUGUCAAUCUUGGAUGCUUAAUAUGAACUACUAUGGUACCAAUCGAACGGAAGACAAGCGAACAAUGAGAAAAGAAGGUGAGGCAAGUGACGCGUUGGAAGAUUCGUAGCGAAUGAUAAUACAUACGUGCUCGCUUAAAUUUCAAUAAAUCGCGAGUGCGGAUUGUAGCUUUCAAAGUAUGGAUAACGAUUUUAUCCUACGAAUAUUCGUUCCUAUUUCAAUAACCUCGAAUCCCUCAGCUAGAAAAAGGAAUAGUUCGAGUAACGGGCAGUAGCGAAACUGGCUGAUUUGAAUUUAGGCGAAACAAUUCUAUUGGAAUCUAAGCGAGCACUGUUGUACAGAUGUGCGAAUGAACAACGUAAUUAAAAACAAGCUAGAAAAUGGUGUAUUUGAUAAAACGAGUGGAUUGAAAGGAGAUCGCGCGAUUAAUUAAAUGCGUGCGUGCAUGUUUCCGUGACUUAACCACGUACAUAUGUAAGCAGUAAGGUCUCAUUUUGCGGGCGAAUCUUGCGAUCUUGUCGCGUGAUUUUCGUUCCAUCAAAGAGCAACGAUCGUCGACGAAUUUCAGCUAGUCACACGCUUGGUUGGAGUCGGAUCUUAAAGAAAACCGAUUCCGAUGAGAAAUGCUGACAGAGCGUUGAGAAUUGCUUUAGAACUGCCGACAGAUAUCUGACAUGUUAUGGUUUAAUUGCAUCGUGCGAUUCCAGUAAUUCCUUUGCUCGAUUCGGUAUAAUAUACGAAUUCUCUGUGUUUAUUCGAAUCGGGCAAGUUUCGAAGUAUGCGGUUCAGUUGUGUUUAGCCACAGAGCUUUCCGUUGUUGCUAAGCGUGCUAUUAUAUGCGAAGAUCGAUCAUAAACGUGUUUGUAUUACGCGGAAUAGAGCAGCACGUUUUCUAUGAAGCGAUAGAUUAUACUAACGCGAAUGUUCGUGUCCUAAAGCUACGAGUAAAAAGAUACACGGACGCGCAAUCAAGAAAUAGGUGGAUAUUUUAGUUGCACGGACGUGAUGUGACAAAACGUUGGCUGAAAAACUGGUCGUUCCAUUUCUCGGCAAAUUAAUUUUCAAAUAAGAACACCGAGAGCUGUCUCUUCGAUAUGCUGUUUCAUUCUUACCUCCCUUUUUUCCUCCGCACUCCGCCUCGCGUCGGUUGGUAUCCUCCUCUUCUUUCCUUGUGAGAGACACACCGUGAUCCUUCUUUCACCCCUUCCUCCGUACCUUCGUUCCUUCUUUCUAUUUUUGCUUCUCUUGCUUUACCUUCUUUUUUUCAUAUCCAUACCGCGGAGAACACGUUCCGAGCAAAAAUCUGAUGUCGAAACCUAAUUGGUUGUUAUCCGUACAGAGCUUAAUGACUUGCUCCGAAAUGACUCGCAUUUAAACGAAUUUGCGCUCCUAUAACGAGUAUGCGUGCCAUUGACGCUUACCACUUCAGAAUCAAUGCGCAUCAUCGGCCUGUGCAUUUCAUUUACACGCCAACGCCUACACAUAUUUUUCUAUUUACUUCCACGAAAUGUAAUUGCACCCACGGACAGAAAAUUCGAUCAAAGAGACGGUCUACCGAUAGAUUGCAUUCGAUCUAGUUGAAUUAUUAUUGAACAGAUAUGCGGAAUUUGUUCGUAAUCGGCAAUUGAAUAUGUAUAUCGAGCAAAAGAAAUACAGAUCGAGAAUAUAGAAAACGAGAAUAAUCAAAGCGUAUUAAUGAUGUUACGAGGAUUGAUCAUGGAUGUACGAGCAUUGGUCACGUUUCGAAUGCGUGUGCAUGUAUAAAAUUACGCCAUGAAAUUAAGAAAAUGGCGUGUUUCGUGACUGGUAUACCGGAAAUGACACGGUCGUACGCUCAAAGUAAAACGAACGGAUAAAUCCAGCCUUCUCUUGCGAAUGAAUUGUGGGGAAGAACGAUUGCGGUUAAAAUACCUUGAUGGAUCUGACAAAAAGCUACGAAGGUGGUCGAUAUCGGAGGAAAUAUCUUAAUUUCGCAAUUUUUUCUUUCUUUCUUUUUCUGUUUGUUCUUUUUUUUUCAAAGAAAGGAAUCCAUACAUGAAAGUCGCUGAGGUGCAAAAUGUAUUCAGGGAAUUUUGUGGUCGGUUUGUAAGCAUCGUUUAUUAUUUGUUUGUGUUAAUUCGGCUUUUGCGAGAAUUCUGAAUGAUUUAAAUUUAACAAACGUCGGGUUCUGUUUGACAGGAUAGUCCAGUAAGAAAGAGGAUUGUUUAGAAGAUUGAAUUUAGAGACUACAAUAAAUCUCAUCCGAUUUGAAAUCCUUGAAAUAAUUAUCUAAUCCACACAUUCUAUUAAUCUGUAAAUUAUUGCGACAACAUUGAAUUCUAUAGAUAAAGCAUGAAAAUGUUUGUAUCGUUACGAAUGUUACAGAGGUGGUUGAGCUUGUAUUCUAGUAAAAUUAUUUUUACAUUGAAUUUUUUAAGUUUUCCCUGUAGGUAAUAUUUCCUGUUUUUUAUUUAAUGCGCACUUGUUUUAAAAAGGAUUUUUAAUACGAAGCUUAAAUUUUUACAUCUGGUAUACAUUUAUGUGAAAUGUUUAAACUGUUAAAAUGUAAAUGUAAAUGUAAAUGUUAAAAUGUAACAUUUAAAAACUUUCAAAAUUCUUAGGCAUUUCUUUAUGUUUAAUAAUUGUGAUUAUUUAUAUUUACUUGUUACGAUUUUUCGUGACAUUGUUUCUGCGUUAAUGAAACUGUUAAAAAUACCAUUCUCAUGAUUUACGAAUAAAAUAAUUAAUUAGUAUGGUUUCCUCAGUCGUCGACAUAAAUUAAUUCUAUCGCAAAAAAUGUUUGCAAGUAGAAAUUACAGAAACAACGCAAGAUGCAGGUUGGCGUUAUAAUAUAUUCACUCUGCAGUUUAAUCAAGAAAAUAUGCAUAUAUAACACACGUUUCCAAAUCCAUUCUGUUCGAGUAGUUACCGUCAUAUGGAAAGUUAUACGAUGAGCUAUGUUAUAAGUGAACGUUAUAAGUGUCAAUUUGAUUUGGCAUGUAUCAUUGAAAAUACCACCUCGAGGCAUUCGUAUUGGUUUCUGAAUAAAGGUGGUGUCGCAGGUACGACACGAUACACCUCACGAUUCAUACAUCCUGCUGUUUUGCUGUCUUAAUGCUUCUUGUAUCUAAUGAUAUGUCAGAUGUUUCAUGCACAUCCGAGCCCAGUAACGUUUAGCAUAAACGAUCGGAACACGAGGGGAAACGAACGAAUGCCCUGUAAUUUCGUACUUCCGACAGCUCGUUGCCUAAAACCGUCAACUUCGAUGGAAAACUUUUGACAUCGGCGCGGUUCCAGGUGUUGAAAGAAAAGUGAAAGAUAUCGAAGAGAGAAAGAAAUUCGCUGCAGCGCGCUCGUUCAAACGGAAAUAUGCCUUACGUUCACGCUUUCGGUAAUAAAAUUUUACGUGUUAUCGAUGAGCAAAAAUUACCAUGGUAUGCACGGAAAAGCAUCCAGAUAGUGUUACGUAUAUUAUAGCGCGAGGGAAAGGCAGGAGCUGCAGACUCAAUAUGAAGAUACGAUGAUCUAAUGGAAAAAAUAUACGUUACAAAGGAAUAUUAUUUAAUACUAUAUAGAAUACUAUUUAAUACUAUACUACUAUAAGAAAUACAUUAUAUAUAAUAUAUAUAAUGAGAGUGUAAAAAAGUUUCUCUUCGGAAAUAUUUAGUUUAUUAAGGAAUACACUUGACCUCGUUAUACAGGAUAAGAGAAAACUCAGCGAACAUUGACUUGAGUUUCGUUUUAAUAUGUAAAGCGUGCUUUCCUUUAAUUUUUCUUUUGUCAAGUAAGGUGGAUUGUUUCAGUUUUUUUGUAAAUAGGCUAUUUAAUUAAAGUGACCAAGAUCCCUUAAUACAUA